AUGAAGGAUUUGGAUAGGCUGCUGCCUUUGGCGGCAGCUCUUUUUCUGAUCUGUUCAUCGUCAGUGAUCUUAUCUGAAUCUGAAUCAGAGCCCGAGGUUGCCUUUCUUUCCGAUGAAGAUUUUAUAAAUGCAGACCGACUAGCUAAAGAUGAAAUUGAGAAAAAAGAAAUGAUUCCGAUAGAGGCUGUGAAUGGAUAUCGUUCCGAUAUCAGAGGACCCUGGGCCGAAAGAGUUCGCCAUAAAAGAAAUGGAGUGUCAAGAGUGGCAAAAUUAUGGCCAAAUGCUCGCAUUCCUUAUGCGAUUUCUCCUCAUUACAGUACUCACGAGAGAGCUCUUCUCGCUCGAGCUGUUAAAGCCUACCACGAAAAGACGUGCAUUCGUUUUGUGCCAAGAGCCGGCGGAGAAGCCGACUAUCUUUUUAUUGGGAAGGUGGAUGGUUGUUUUUCGGAAGUGGGUCGAACAUCGGGCGUGCAAGUGCUUUCAUUGGAUAACGGAUGCAUGGAAUAUGCAACGAUUAUUCAUGAAAUGAUGCACGUUGUUGGCUUUUAUCAUGAGCAUGAAAGAUGGGAUCGAGAUAAUUUCAUUGAUAUCAUAUGGCAAAACAUUGAUCGAGCUGCACUUGAUCAAUUUGGAAAAGUCGAUCUAUCAAAAACAUCUUAUUAUGGACAAUCUUAUGAUUAUAAAUCCAUUCUACAUUAUGAUAGCUUAGCUUUUUCGAAAAACGGUUUUCCUACGAUGUUGCCAAAACAAAAAGCGGCAACAAUUGGCAAUGCAAAAGAUUUUUCGGAAGUUGAUUUAGCAAAGAUUAAUCGAAUGUAUGGAUGUUUGCAAAGCAAGGAAAUCAGUGCGCCGUUUGCUCGAGCAAGGAGCUCUCCAUUUUUCCAUCCACCACAUAAAGAUUCGGAACAUUUCGACAGUCUCGAGCUUGAGCCAGUGAAGAAAAUAACUCAAAUUUGUGAAGAUAAGAUCACGGUGUGCUGGUGGACGGCUGAUAGAUGCAGAGUUCCGGCCAUUCAUCACAUGAUGCGAGCAUUGUGUCCAAAAACGUGUCGAUUCUGU